CAAUAAUCUUGUCCAGCUACUCUAACAGAAGAUAGUGCAUCAGAAUACUGUUUUUUGUCAGGAAAGUUCAAUUUUGUUGUUGUUUCUCCCAGGUUAAAUUAUGGUCGGUGUUGGAUCUGGUCCGUCAAAAUCCUCAAAUGAAACCAUCGGACUCGUUUAGUGGUUGCUCGUCGGACAUCAUUGAUUUUUUGUGCGAGCCCCACAUUCAAUUUUGUCCUAAACAUGAGGAGCGACCUUGUUUGAACCUACAAUGUCCUUUCAGCAGGUGUCGACUAGAUCAUAUGUGGGUUAUGCGAAGACCUCAGGACACUUGUUGGUCAGCACUGAAACCUGAAGUCAGUCGAGUAAUCGAGGAUGCCCUGGUUGACCCGAGAGUGAAUGUGUUCAUGUUUCAGUGGGACGACUUGACUUAUGUCAUACAAUUUGAUACUCUGAGUCAGAAAAACAGAAUGGACUUGAUAAAGAACCCAUUUGACGCAUUAGAAAUUUCAAGUAAAAGUAAGCAAUUUCUUCCACCUGGAACUUUUCAGUACAUCAGGCUGACGUAUGAAAGCUCUGAAGGUCAGGAGGCAAUCUGGAAUUGGUAUUUCAUGGGCGACGGAAAUCAAGAGACUGCUAAAAUGUCCACCGAAGUCCUAAACCCAAUACUUCACAGGCUUUUUCCUGAAAGGAAGUGUAUCGAUAAAAAAAUCGUCAAGGAUACUUUUAGACCAUGGGUUUUAUAUGACGAGUUGUCUUCGGAAGUUCUAGAAGAAGCUUAUAAUGGGUCUCAAUUUGAGAUCGCACUGACUAUUGGCAAUAAAAAAUACGCUAUUGAUUUUGACAGUAUGACUCAGAAAAAUUUGACAACGUCAAAAGUUAGAGGUGUUAAAAGACGGCCUGCCAUUUCACUCGAUCAAAAUUCUGAUGAAAGAAGAUUUGAUAGAAACUUGAUCCCCGAGUUCUCGUCGAUUGAGGCACCUAAAUUAUUCAAAUGCAAAACCGGUUUCAAUGAACAAAUUCUGGCUUCGAAAUCUGACUUUGAUUACGAUUUGCUUCAUUCUGUUUUAAUUAAACAGUUCCCGACUGCGUAUGAUGUACAAAUAACCAGAAUUGAGAAUUUUGAGCUCUGGGCGCAUUACUGUUUGAAACGUGGCAAAAUGCGUCGGAGGUAUGGCGAUACUAAAAACAUCGGGGAAAUGUUACUUUUCCAUGGUACAUCAAUUGACGCAGCGUCUAAAAUUUCCUUGGACAAUUUCGAUUGGCGUUUGGCAGGAACCCAUGUCGGUCAAAAAUUCGGAGCUGGAGUUUACUUCACGCCUAAUAUAGUCGCUGCAAGUCAAUACUGUGCUAAAGGAAACUCACCAAAGUGUAUCAUGGUUGGUCUAGUUCUAACAGGCGAGUUUACGAUGGGUAAUGGAUCUCUUAAAAGACCCCCACCCAAACCAUCCAAGCCAGAGGAAUUGUACGAUUCGUGCGUUAAUGACUUGUUUCAGCCGAGUAUGUAUGUCAUUUUUGACCACAACCAAAUGUAUCCACUCUACAAAAUGAGAUAUUCCCAGAAAUAGUGUACAAAAAUUACAAAACUUAGUUCACAAAAGUUGUAGAGCCGCAUUGAAACAUAUAUAUGGAGUUUUAUUCAAUUGAAAAUAGGGAAAGCCUUGUAGAUAAAUAGACUUCAGAACACUUAAAUCGUUGAUCAUGUAUUUGCUUAUAUCUUCUUUAUUUAACAAUGAUUAAAAACCAUUGGUGCUUGUAAAUCAUCUAUUUGCUAAUUUCUUGUUUCAAACCUUCAAUUUUUUAAAACUAAAUUUUUAAAACAGUCGCCGAUUCCGAAAAUUUGUUGCCGAGCUAGAUUUGAU